AUGCGUAAUAUUCAGCAGAUUAAUGAAGUAGUAGUACCACAUUCGACAACAAACACGUAUCCUAGAAGUUCUGAUCGUAACUCGUUACACACAACAUAUGAUACAUUUCAUAUUCAGCCGACAUUUGUCGAUUUUGAUCUACCGUUGAAAGUUACAUCAUCAUAUUAUGACAUUUUAUGCGGAUAUGGAGAGCAUAUUUUACGAUUAAGUAAUUCAACGUUAAGAUUAUUCUCUCCUCGAGGCUAUAUAUCCGGAUCUGGUUUCCAUUUAACUUCAUCCAUCGUAUUAACAAAUCACCACUGUUUAGAGAUGAUGUCUGAACCAAUAUUAAUAUCAAACGCAUUAAAUCAUAUGACAAUACUGAAGUAUUUCCAGGACCAUAGGUCUAUAAAUAUGGAGACAGAUGUGAUCUUUAGUGGUGGUGCAACCCGUCCAUCAGCUGUUGGCAAUAAAAUUGAUUUAUAUGAUCGUUUAACAGAUACUGAAGAAAAGAAUUUGUGGAAAUCGAUUGUGAAAAUGUAUGAAGACGUUGCAGACAGUAAAAAAUGUGAUCCUAUUGCCGGUAUUAUCAGUGAUUUCAAUUAUUUCGAUGUUGCGCUGAUACAGAUUAAAGAGAUAUUAAGAUCAGAUAGCAAUUCUAAUAUUCUAUUUAUACCGUCGGAGCGUACUUUGCAACCAGGCGACGAUAUUAUUUUGCUGAGUUAUUCAGAUUUGCCAUAUCGUCAUUAUUUGCCAUCAUUUGAUACGCUAAAAAAGAUCUUCUGGGGUUUUGGCAAACGAAUUGCUUCGUUUGGUAAAAUAUUAAAUCCUUAUUACUUUAACGGCGAAACAAAACAAUGGACUGAGCAAGAAAAGUUUUCGUACAAUAAAAACGAACAGUAUUGUUUAGCAUCGAAUGAAUGUACAUUUCAAGGAGGUUCUGGUGUGAAUCGAAAACAGAUGUCUAAAGUGUUACUCGAUGAACCUCCAUUGUCAUGGCGUUUUGGUUCAGAAUGUCAAGUUCGAACCACUGCAUUAGCUCAAUCGGAAGUUACAAUGUACAAUACAUUUUUGUCAGUCCAUCAUCCAGCGUUCAAAAGCUUAUAUAAGACAAUAGUGUUACCAAAAUUAUUGGAUACACUUGUAUAUCUGAUGUACAAAUGUUGCAAAAUUAUCUUCAUUUGUUUCCUUAGAUGAUUGAAUGUUUUAUAGGUUCUUGUCAUAUGCGGCUCAACAGUAUGAUAGACGUUAGAUUUUUUGUGUACGGCCAGUCCACGUAACGGUAGAUUUUUUCGGCGAAGUAUGAUCACAGAAUCAAGCAAAAUCAAGAUGACUAUGUUGUAGAGCGUUGUCGAUAGUAUAUAAAAACCUAUUUUUUUCUUACUUUAGUGCAGUAGAUUUUCCGAAAAAACUACUUCUAUAUAGAUGUUACUCAGAAACGAUAGAACUGUAAAUUCGUUAUCAAAUUUUGAUGUCUAAUUUUUUGCCUAGACAAAAUGCGGUUUUAUACUCCUGUCACCAUUUCUGGAGCGGCGCUGAAUAGGCUGUCUAACCAUGCCAAGACAACCAAUUUUU